CCCGGAUCCCUCACGCCUCAGCGCCCCGCCCCCUACGGCCGCGUCUUCGCACAGCUUCUACGCUCGCGGGCUGCUGCAUCGUGCUGUCGGGCUUCUUGGAAACUGUGUGGUAGAUGGAGCCUAAGUAGUGGAUGCAGUUGUCGCCGGAGGACGGCCUCCUCCGUCCUCUGGGUUCCUCCUGCCUGCCUUCCGGGCUGCCCCCCCCCCGGUCGCCUGCCCUCCGGCUGCCUCCUCCACCAAGUGACACCCUUGGAUGUUGUUAAAAUUCGACUUCAAGCCCAAAAAAACCUAUCCCCCAAAGGAAAGUGUUUUGUUUAUAGUAAUGGACUUAUGGAUCAUAUAUGUGUCUGUGAAGCGGAAGGUAACAAAGCAUGGUAUAAGAAGCCAGGGCAUUUCCAUGGAACAUUGGAUGCCUUUUUGAAAAUCAUUCGAAAUGAGGGUAUUUCAUCAUUGUGGAGUGGUCUUCCCCCUACCUUAGUGAUGGCCAUUCCUGCCACAGUUAUUUAUUUUACAUGCUAUGAUCAAUUAAGUGCUAUUCUGAAAUCUAAAUUAGGAGAAAAUGAAAGCCGUGUACCAAUUGUUGCUGGAAUUGUGGCCAGAUUUGGUGCAGUAACUGUGAUAAGCCCACUAGAAUUGAUUAGAACCAAGAUGCAAUCUAAGAAGUUUUCUUAUAAGGAGCUGCAUCAGUUUGUCAUUAAGAAAGUCUCUGAAGAUGGUUGGCUUUCCCUUUGGAGGGGCUGGGCUCCUACUCUUCUUAGAGAUGUGCCAUUUUCAGCAAUGUACUGGUAUAACUAUGAAGUUUUAAAGAAGUGGUUAUGUGCGAAAUAUGGUUUAUAUGAACCAACAGUUAUGAUCAACUUUACUUCAGGGGCUUUGUCUGGUUCUUUUGCAGCUGUUGUAACUUUGCCAUUUGAUGUGGUAAAAACACAAAAGCAGACACAACUCUGGAUAUAUGAAAGUCAAAAAAUUUCUAUGCCUCUGCAUCUGUCAACCUGGGUUAUAAUGAAGAACAUUAUUGCUAAGAGUGGAUUUUCCGGUUUAUUUGCAGGCCUGAUUCCUCGAGUGAUUAAAGUUGCUCCUGCCUGUGCUAUUAUGAUCAGUACAUAUGAAUUUGGAAAGACUUUUUUCCAGAAACAAAAUGCUCAAGGGCAGGAGUACUAGUGAUGCUAUCUAAACUUAAAACAAAAAACAUAUCCCAAUAAGAAGAUGGAUAUUCUGAGGCAAGAACUCUUUUCACCAUUAUCUUAUAAUGAUUUUAUAUUUUCUUUUCUAUAUUUUAAAUGAAAAGUAAUUUCUAUUUUGCCUUUAUGUAAUAGUUUUAAAAUAAAUUUAAUUAUCCUAAUAUUUGUUAUAUUGAAAAAAGAGAUUAUAUAAAUUACAACCAUUGACCAUUCUUGUUAAAAAAAAAAAAAGAAAAAUCGGGAGUUGUGCGGUGCGUAGUAGGUUAAGCGCAGGUGGCGCAAAGCGCAAGGACCUGCGUAAGGAUCCCGAUUCUAGCCCCCGGCUCCCCACCUGCAGGGGGGUCGCUUCACAGGCAGUGAAGCAGGUCUGCAGGUCUCUAUCUUUCUCUCUCUGUCUUCCCCUCCUCUCUCCAUUUCUCUCUGUCCUAUCCAGCAAUGACAACAACAAUAACUACAACAACAAAGGCAACAAAAGGGAGUAAAUAAAUAUUAAAAAAAAGAAAAAUCACUACUUUGAAUUUGAUUAUUAAGAUACAUCAGAAUAAUUUUGAGUUGUAUACUGAAUGAUGUAUAGAAUUUAGACAUUUCAAAGAUAAUUAUGUAAUUAACACUAUUCACAUUAGGACUUGUUUCAAGUCCCUGAUUCCUGCCUUCAAGGAGAAACUUCACAAGCAGUGAAGCAGUGCUUCAGGUGCCUUUUUCUCUCCCUCUCUACCUUCUCACCCCCUUCAAUUUCUGACUCUGUUAAAAAGAAAGAAAGAAAAAAAAAAGGUGGCCAGGAGUGAUGGAUUCAUUGUGCAGGCACCAAGCCCCUGCAAUAAUCCUGGUGACGAUUAAAAAUGAAAAAAGAAAACAUAAUUCACAUCUAUCAAAUAUUACCUAUCAGACAUUUUUUUCUCUUUUAAGCUACACUGUUUUAACCUCAUAAAACCGUAUGGUUAUUUCUCUUUGUGAACCAAAUACAAUCAUUUAUGUAAUAUGAAUGUUGUUAUGUUUGAUGAUGAAGUCCUGUUAAUAUUUAAUGUUUUUGCAAGAGGAAAUUUUUACUGACUGUAUUAAAUGUACACUUCAGUCCAACUUGGGCGUGCAGUAGGAAAUUGUAUAUUUAGACUAGUAAAAUAAUGUUUUGGCAUAGAACAGAUCUGGUUGUAGCCAUCUUAUAAUUCAUUAGUCAUUGUUUCUGGCAUUCUCUAGGUCAUUUAUAUUGGUUAUUCUAUCAAAACUGAGAUCCAAAUACCUAUUAGUCACAAAAUAUUUCCAAAGUUCCUCAGUAUCACAAAUCUCACAUUAGAAUGCUAGGCAAUGGGAAUAAGCAGCAGUCUUCUAUAGAAAUGACUGUCAGUGACUACAGAUUACUAUUGCAGAUGUUAUUUAUGUAAGGAUGAAAUAAAAAGGCCAUGGUAGCAGAUUGGGACAUAGUAUAAAAAGGCUAUGAUAGGGGCCGGGUGGUGGCGCACCUGGUUGAGUGCACAUGUUACAGUGCCCAAGGACCCUGGUUUGAGCCCCCGGUCCCCACCUGCAGGGGGAAAGCUUCACAAGUGGUGAAGCAGGACUGCAGGUGUCUCUCUAUCUCCGUUUCUGACUAUCUCUAUCCAAUAAAUAAAUAAAGAUAAUAAAUUUUUUUUUAAAAAAGGCUAUGAUAACAGAACAAGAAAUAAUUUAUUUUUAUUUUAUCUUCUCAGGACUUAUGUAAGGAAAAGCACUUUAUGGGAGUCAGGCGGUAGCGCAGCGGGUUGAGCGCAGGUGGUGCAAAGUGCAAGGACCUGCGUGAGGAUCCCGGUUCAAGCCCCUGGCUCCCCACCUGCAGGGGAGUCGCUUCACAGGCGGUGAAGCAGGUCUGCAGGUCUAUCUUUCUCUCCCCCUCUGUCUUCCCCUCCUCUCUCCAUUUCUCUCUACUAUCCAACAAUGACGACAUCAAUAACUAAUAACUACAACAAUAAAACAACAAAGGCAACAAAAUGGAAUAAAAAAAUUAAAAAAAAGAAACAGCACUUUAUUUCAGUUAAUGUGUUUUUAUGAAAAUAUAAAGGAAAUAUAUUCCUCCCCUUAGAUACAAGUGCUGUUUUUCUGGCACAUCUUGUCUACUGUUGGUAGAGAAAUUAAUGCAUUUUGUAUUAUAGUCAAAAGGUGUUUAUGGGGCUGGGUGGUGGUGUACCUGGUUGAGCCCAUGUUACAAUACACAAGGACCUAGGUUUGAGCCCCUGGUCCCCACCUGCAGGGGGAAGGCUUUGCAAGUGGUGAAGCAGUGCUGCAAGUGUCUCUCUUUCUCUCUUCCUAUCACCCCCUUCCCUCUUGAUUUCUGGCUGUCUCUAUCAAAUAAAUAAAUAUAAUAAAAUUUUUUUAAAAGGUAUUUAUGUUUCAGAAGAAAUAAACUAUACAAAGUAGUAUCAUUUUGUGUUGAUACAUCUUAAAUUGUGAUCAUUUUUUAUUAAAUUACAUUUAUGACUAACA